ACACCACUCUCCCUGCUGCUCCUGCUCCUUGGGAGACCCAGCUGCCUGAGGACCCAAGAGUCCCCCAGCUGCCCAGAACCCAGGGAAAUAGAAGUCAGCAAAAUUGUCCUCCUGCCCAGUUGUCCUGGAGCCCCAGAAAGUCCUGGGGAGAAGGGGGCUCCAGGCCCUUCAGGGCAACCUGGACCACCAGGCAAGAUGGGCCCCAAGGGUGAGCCUGGUGAAGAUCCAGUGGACAUGCUCUGGUGCCAGGAGGACCCCAGGAGCUGCCAGGAGCUGCUGAGCCAAGGGAACACUUUGACUGGCUGGUACCAUCUGUGCCUACCCGAGAGCAGGGUCCUCCCAGUCUUUUGUGACAUGGACUCAGCAGGGGGCGGCUGACUGGUGUUCCAGAGGCGGCAGGACAGCUCUCUGGAUUUCUUUCGCUCUUGGGCCUCCUACAAAGGAGGUUUUGGGAGCCAGGAGUCUGAAUUCUGGCUGGAGAAUGAGAAUUUGUAUCAGCUUACUCUCAAGGGUACCUGGGAGCUGCGGGUGGAGCUGGAGGACUUUAGCAACCGUACCUUUGCUCACUACAUUACCUUCCGCCUUCCUGGGGAGGCAGAUCACUACCAGCUAGUGCUGGGCCAGUUCUCAGAGGGCACAGCAGGGGCCUCCGUGAGUUUCCACAGUGGGAGGCCCUUCACCACCUAUGACGCUGACCACAAUACAAGGGGCAAUUGUGCGGUGGCUGUCCACAGAGCCUGGUGGUAUGAAUCUUGCUAUACAUCCAAUCUCAAUGGGUGCUACGAGGCAUCUGAGGCCACAGCUCACAAGUAUGGCAUCAACUGGGACUCAGGCCGUGGCGUGGGCUACCCCUACUGCAGGGUUCGGAUGAUGCUUCGCUAG